CUUCUCACCUCAGACGACAUUAAGUACCUUAUUAUUUGCUUCCACCCUCUCCUCAUCACCAACGCCAGAUAAUCUCCACACACAGAGACUUACAUCUCACGCCAUCAACAUUCUCCAGCCACAAUGUCGGGACUGCAGGACACCAAGCCGCACGCCGCCUCCGAGCCGCACGCCGCCUUCGAUGGUGGCGAUACGGGUACAAGUAUGAUGUCGACGGCGACAUGAUUUUAGGAAUCGAGGGUCACGAUCGGGGAAAGUUCAAGGUAGCACGUACAACAAAAGCAUGAGCCGGUGCUUGACCCCAUGAGUCUCUACGCGCUUCUGUCGAUCCCUCCUGAGCAAUCAUUCAUCACAGAUUACUCAGGCGGGUGGCAACGGAAGUCGUGGUGACUCGGUCUUGCUGAGAUUAUACGGCCUGAACUUGAUCUGGACAAUACCAGCGAUUGAAGAAUCAUGCUUCUUGAACCCGUCCAUUGAUGUGUUGGCUUUCUGACUACUUUGUAGAUGCUUCUAUUCGACAAACGCCCAGCGAGCCCGACAUGGAACCCGACCGUGAGAAGUCAAAAGCCACGCCGGACAGCGUGGCCUUUUCAAUUCCUCAGUCCAGCGAAAGCUUGGAUGAGACGGACAUCAGCACUUUCUCCCGCUACCUGAAAUCGUUUGAGCGAAUGCUGGUGCGGAACAAUGUCGAAGCACGGGGAGUACAGCGUGUGCUACCCUCUCAACGGCACAGCACCGAGCGCCUCGGAUUCGUCCAGAUGUUCAUGAUGUGGUAUACUAUCAACUUGACAUCGAAUAUCACCACCCUUGGUAUCCUGGGGCCGACAGUCUAUGGCCUCCCGUUCCUGGACAGCUGCCUGUGUUCAGUCUGCGGGAUGAUUGUGGGCUCUCUGGCGCCAGCGUACAUCGCAACAUUCGGCCCGCGGAGCGGCAAUCGGACCAUGAUCUUUGCGCGCUACACCAUGGGAUGGUGGCCUUCCAAGAUCCUUGUGCUAUUGACCCUCGUCAUACUGAUUGGCUACGCCCUUGUCAACGUGGUGAUCGCCGGCCAGAUCCUGAACGCCGUCAGCGCAAACUAUGGUCUCUCUAUCAUCGUGGGGAUCGUCAUCACAUCCGUCAUCGUCCUGGCGGUGACUGUCUUUGGCUAUAGCGUAUUCCACUACUACGGAAGAUACGCUUGGCUCCCGCAACUCCUCGUCACCAUGAUUCUAGCGGGCGUUGCCGGCCCAGACUUCAAUCUCUACGCCGACCCUUCCCCGACCGACAGCGCUCUUACUCGUAUCGGCAACCGGCUCAGCUAUUUUGGCGUCAGCCUGGCUACAACAAUCACAUACAGUGGCGGGGCUGCGGACUACUUCACCUACUACCCCGAAAACUCGUCGCGUAUCAAGAUCUUCAUCGUCACGCUAACCAGUCUCGUCUUGAGCGCCACUCCACUCUUCGUCAUCGGAUCUGGCUUAGGCUCUGGGGUAGCCUCAAACCAAUCAUGGGCCGCCGCUUUGAACCGUUCUCAAGGCGCGCUCAUAAUCGCAGGCCUGCAGCCGCUUGGCGGAUUUGGCAAGUUCUGCGGAGUAGUGCUUUCCCUCGGUCUGAUUUCCAACACCAUCUCCGCAACAUACUCAAGCGGCAUCGACUUCCAAGCUCUGGGGCCGUACUUUGAGCGGGUACCCCGAGUGAUCUGGAACAUCUUUGCGGUCAUCGUCUACACCGUAUGCGCGAUUGCAGGCCGUCAGCAACUGGCAAACAUCUUUACCAAUUUUCUGGCGCUCAUGGGUUACUGGGUCAGCAUCUGGCUUGCAAUUGUGCUUGAAGAACACCUCAUUUUCCGCAAAUAUCGCGGCCUUGGCUGGGACUGGGAAUGUUGGAACGAUGCGAAGAGGCUGCCUGUGGGCAUCGCCGCUCUUGUUGCCUUUCUUGUGGGCUGGGCUGGAGCGGUCCUCUGCAUGGAUCAGGUGUAUUUUGUUGGGCCUAUUUCCGCUCUGAUUGGCAAGGAUGGUGGUGAUCUGGGAAACUACAUCGGGUUUGCCUGGGCGGCUAUCGUCUACCCUGGUCUGCGCGUGUUGGAGCUGCGACGGUACGGAAGAUGAUUAGGACUGGGGUUUGGCUCGUCGAUGCAAGCACGCGUUCUCCGAAUGAACGUGUAUGCUUUUCUGCGUCGUAGAAAACCCGAGGCGAUCGGUAGCUUGACGAUGGGUGGUGAAAGGGUUCGUGUGAGAGUCGCCAACGCUAUUGACAAGCAAACUCGGCGAGCUUGGCAGCAUUUACGCGCCGUGCUUCUCCAUACAGCAUAGAAACAUCAAACCCAUCUAAGAUCGCCAGUGAGGAUGUCUUUGAAACAACCUGGUUGUUCAUUGGUGGAUGUGGAUCGGCGUGUUGCAGGGGACGAUACUUCGCACUACGCCGUAAUUGCUCUAGCGACUCGAUCUAAAACCGGCCUGCUCGUGGUUCGCGUCUCAACUUCGCCUCACGAA